UGAUCCCUUGCUUGCUUAAAUUAUCAUGUACAAGUUGGUUAAGUAUAUGUUCAUGAACAUGGCAUCGGAGGUUAAUGAACAAAACAAAGUAUGGGUGAAGACGAGGAUGCUUAAGAGAAGGGAAUUGGGAAAGAAAACAUUGUUCAAUCGUCGUUUGACAAUGUUGAGAUGUCACAAACCACUAAGGCGCCUUUGACAGUGGAUAUGGAUGUGUCAAAAGAAGAGCAAGAUGGAAGGAGUGUAUUGGGUAGCCCCAGGCUUUUGGAUCCUAACAAUGAAGUUUGUGGUACUAAAUAUUCUUCUUUGUGUUCGAAUAAAAUUGGUGGGUUUGGUGAGAAGCUCGGUAAGGAUAAGGAAUUGUUGUCAGAGAAGCACGAGAAACAGGAAAGAGAACAGCGUGGUAAUAUUGUGAACACGAAGGGAGUUAAUGUGGAUCUCAAUGCAGAAGAUGAUACUAGCUCUGUGAAUGUGGAGCGGGUGAGUUUGCAUAAAGAACAUGGUCAAUUUAAGUCAAAGGAUUUGUCUUAGAGUGAGAGCAGUACCGGACCGCCAAAGGAGAAAGAUCCGAUGAAAAUAUGGACAGAGAUGAAGCGAAAUGGUUUUAUUUCAUCUGCUCAUGGGGGUAUUCCGGUGCCGAAGAAACGCGGAAGGAAAAGUAAGAAUGAAUUUCUUGAGCAAAAAAUGGAGCUCGCCAAGAGAGAACAAAUUAAUAGGUUUACGAAAAUUGCAGCUCCAAGUGGACUACUGAAUGAUUUAAACCCUGGGAUUAUUAAUCAUGUAAGAAAUAGGAAACAGGUCCAUUCAAUUAUUGAGGCUCUUGUAACUGAAAAACAUGAAAACAGGAGCAAGCAAGAAGCACAUAGAAUGAGUGGAGGUAUAGACAUGGCCAAGAGAGACCUAGAGUGUGUGAACGAAGAUGGGACCUUUCAUGGAUCUGCAGGUGGUAGACAAGCACGGAAGAGUCAAGUGACAACGAAUGAUUCCUCGUGGAUUUUGGAAGAUAAAGGUUGUGAUCGUGACACAUACAGUGUAGAGAAAGCUGGCCUAAAAGAUUGUAUAACAAAUGCAAGUCAUGUCACAGAAGAUGAUAUUUUAUCACUGAAAUUGUCAUCUUCAAUGAAGUCAUCAGUGAGUUCGACCAGUUUGUCGAAUGAAGAAUCAGCAAAUGUUACUGCAGUUUCAUCUCUUUCUCUAAAAGGCUCGUAAUCAUUUUCCUCUUGCUAUGCUAGUGUUUAAAGCACUUAGUGUAAUAAUGCAUAAUAAAUGGAAGGGAUUGGUUCUGUCAUGUUAUUGGGUUUGAAAGCUAGGGAAGAAUUGAUAUUUUGUAAAAUUAAUAUAGCAGAAGCAGAAAACAACAAUUGAUUCCUUAACAGAUGAGUAUAAUAAUGUUACAUUAUAAUA